AUGGGGAAAAAAAGAGGAGCUGAAGAUUUAGAGGUGGUCUCCUUUGUCAUUUAUUACUGUUACAUCGAUGAACCAUCCCCAGAUGUUAUGCCUAAAUUUCCCGGGGACGCAGGGAACCAGAGCCACAGGACUGGGGCACGGGUGCUGCUGCUGCUGCUUUCCAGGCGCCGGGAGUGGGUGAGCUUCGUAGUGUGUGGCCUGUUCGGCUUCGGGGCAGGGCUCGGGCCGUGGCCCACAUACUGCGGCUUGCAGGGAGGACAGCUCCUCCUUUCGGACAGGCCAUUUCUGGGUGCCUCGGCCAGGCUUCCGCUCCAGGACUCCUGCCAACGACCCCCUUUCUGCCCUUUUGUGGCCCUGGACCAGCCCCCGGGAACUGAGCUGCCUACGAAUCUAGGUGUGGAUCUGGGUGUGGCGACCAUCCUGCAGUCCAGCAACAGGAUUGUCUUGUCCGGAAGGACACCCACCCUCAGAGUUUCCCCCAACCUCUGGGUACCCCCAGGUGAGCACACUGAGGACAAGCUGCCGGACAGAGGGCUUUGAGCACUUUGUAAGGAGAGUGGACUACAGCUGCCUCAAGGCCAGUUCUCUUGGGUCCCUCUGGGGUUAUGGGAGUCUGCCUACCGUCCUAGGCUGAGCUGGGGUCUCCCCAAAUACCAUCACAUUAUUCUCUAUCUACUUGUGGUUUCCCAAGAGUCACAGCAGCAGCUGCAGGUAGGGCUGCCAACCCAACCAAACCCAAGUGAGGUGAGUGCCUCUUUAUGGCUGGACCCAGAUGUAGCAGCUGCAAUGGCUGCCACAGAGGAUGGGACAGAGACACCUAGACAUCUCUCCCAGGACAUACCACUCUCUCUUUGGGAGGAUUAUGACAAUGGAUAUGGAAGUGAGCUAAGAUACAAGGCAAAGCCCAGACAGGAGUUGUCAUGUAGUGCAGUGGAACUAGAGGAUGGAAGAGCUCGACCUCUGGCCAUUCCCAUGUCCACACUGCUACAGAAAACCCCAACAGAAGUCAAAGAGAGGGUCAGCACUGGGACCAAGUUUGUCCUCAGGCUCAGGCUGCAGUAUCUGUGCAGAUAA